ACCUUUCUCUGAGUCGGAUAUUAAAAGUAAGCGGCUCUGCUUUUGAGGUUGCUUUCGUCUUUUCAGCUGCGAAUUUUGUCAUGCUGAGACGUGUCUAUGAAAACAGUUGUCUUUUUAUUUGAUAAAACUUGGGACGAUUUGUGUUUGCUGCAUCAUUGCAUGGUGACAUCAUCAACUAACAUUAGCUGCAGUCUGUCUGGUGCUGGCCCAUCUGAGGAAGAUAACUGCUUUGGACUGCUAUAGUUCUUGUUCUGCUCCUUUUGAGAAUUUCAGACGUUUAAGCUUUGGUAGAUGUUUUCUUGGUGGGAUGUUUGACUUUUUUCGUGUGAAGAAAACCACACAGUGAUAACAGCUUCUGUGUCAAGACAGUCUUCCCGUCUAAGGAUUAGGCCUCUGUCAAGACAUGGAGCCCUUGGCGGUAGAUGAUGACAUUUGCAUCCUUAAGCAUGAGACGGCCUACACGCCCGCCGGAGAGAGCCCGGUGUCGGUGUGUGCCGGCGACGAGUCUGUUGCCUCUCACUUCGCCUUGGUCACUGCCUACGAGGACAUAAAGAAGAGGCUCAGAGACACAGAGCGGGAAAACACUUUGUUGAAGAAGAGGGUGAAGCAGUUGGAGGAAAAGCUCUUCAGGCCGGAGGCUCCUCCAUCAGAGGGUCCCCAUUAUGUGAACAAGGCCUUCAGUGCUUACAGAGGAAUCUACAUCGAGAAGGAGGACCUGCAGAUGGAGCUUAAUAAACUGAAAAAGGAGAAGAGCGAGAGUGAGAGGUUGCUGACGGAACAACUCCAAGCCAAAGAGUUAGAGCUACUUCAGCUGAGGAGCGAGAUGGAGACCACCCAAGUGAUGAAGAGCCUAAAUAGCCCUCAGGACUGCUGGCAGUUGGAGAGAGUCGACACAGAGCAGCAGAUCCGUAAAUUGCAGGAAGACCUCGAGAGGGUUAUGCUGGAGAACAGCCGGCUGCUGGAGAGAAGCACGGAGGAGUCACAAGGCCUUAAUGGACCAGACUUGAACCAGACAUGUGAUGGAAAGCAUAGUUCAAGGGAGAGGAACAUCCAGCAAACGUAUGCAGCUUUGUGCUGCGAAGUCACCCGUCUCCAAUCAGAGAUGAGGCUCCAGACGGCUCUGAUUACGAAGCUCAGGCCACUGAUCGGCGAGACGAGACAAGCUACUUCAACCGUCCCUGUCCAGUGUCUGGACGACGUGGAAAAGAACAACAACCACCUCCCAGUCGUUCGGGCUCCUGGGCCCCGCCCUCCUAGCGCCCCUCCGGUCCCCUCGUGCUCCGGCCGUCCCUGUCCUGCUGUCGGCGGCCCGCCUGCCGGCCCCCCUCUGCCAGACAGCCUUAGGGAGGACUGCUGGUACAACGGGCCCUGGCCCUCCCAGAGCUGUCUGGUGGAGGCGCUGGUCGGCAGCGAGGCCUGCGCCGUGAUGCUGCCGCCGCCCCCCCUGAAUCAGGCCUCCCUGGACGACAGCUCACGCUCCUUCCCCAGCCCCCCCAAGCCCACCGACGCCAUGUUCUGGGAGGGACACUCCAACGGAUCCAAUUCGUCAUCGUCACUGGGAAACUUCACUCCAAUAAGCCCCCCCAGUGCUGAGUGGGCCAAGCCGUAUUGAUUAGACCGACAAGUAAUAACAGGGCGGAAACAAAAAGAAACCAACAAAGUCUCCAGCUCGGCCACACAGCUACCACCUAACCUGCCUUAAGCUAAUUUAGCCACUCGUUGGUGGUGAACUGGUUUGGACCUGCUUCUUGUGGGAACCGAAUAAGGCCAGAGGAGGUCCUUUUUGAGGUAAAAACUGUCGUCUCCACACGCCGCAUCGGUGAACAUAUCCGACUUUACAGAGAAACAUCCGACCCUUAAAACAAUCCAACUCAUAUCUCCAUUUGUAUGUGUCCUUGUACGCACAUGCAUUAGUGUGUUCAAGCAUGCAUACAGGCAGUUUAAUUUGUGUGUUUGUGGGUGUAAAUUCACAUGAAACAUCGUGCCUGUGAAUGCAGAAACAGUGUGCGUGUGUGGGCCUCUUCCGCCUGCCUUUUUCAUCGUAAUAAACCUAAUAGGGCUCAGAGGGGCCUCCUUUCUCCACACAUCAUGGCCCCGGAUCACUAGAGCCACAACACUGUAGUAGAGUUUGUAUAAUUGUACCUCCGCAAUGCAAUUUCUUUCUUUUUUUUAUACAUUGGAUCAAUGUAAAUUGUACAAGGUAUGUAGCCCCUGUUCGUCUCAUCGUGUUAUGGAGAUAUGUAGGAAUGAAGGCUUUGGUACAGUGAUGAAGACGGACAUAUAGGAGCAAAUGUAGAUUUUUUUUUUUUUUUUUGUUCCAAAUUUCAGCAGCUACCAAAUUAAAACUGACCUAUUUGCACCCAAAAAUUACUUUUCAUUUAAGGCCUUAAAGUCUUCUACCUGUGUGCACUGCAUCUCUCUGGAGAUUUUACGUAUCAAGAGAUUUUAAGUAUCAUGUUUCACCAACCUGCCUCCUUAAAUUCGCCUGUGAUUAUUUUAUUGAAAGAGAACUUGAUGGGGUGGAGUUCUCGGUUGUUUCUCGAAUGUGCAUUUCUGUUUGGUUGGCCGCUAAAGACCCAUACACUCCUCUUCAAUUUUAAAGGGCAAAUAUCAUUUUUUCCAUCUUUUCGAUUGUGUUCAAGUUUGUAGAUCAUAAUUUGAACAGUUGUGCUAAGCUCAAGGCAUCCAAGAAGGGGACCAAAAGUUGCCAGAGAGUGAAUGCUGUACAUUUAUUUUCAGUACCAAAGUAGUUAUAGUGAAGAGGCUGCAGCUUGGUUUUGAGUUCAUGAAGUGAUUCGUGUUUAUCUACUCCAGUGAGUGAGGAGGAAGCCAGGAGAAACGUCCUCUGAAAGCAGUAGCUUGAAGACCUAACAAACCGGAAUCCUACCCUGGAACUUAAAAACACUGUUGCGUUCCAGAUCCAGGUGGAAAGUAGUGGAGUACAUUCAUUGAGUACUGUACUUAAGUACAUUUUUUUCCACCGUUGCUUGCAAUUCACCACAGUGGCAGAUGACCUCUGAUUAAACUGUAACUUGAAACACUAAAAUUGUGGCAGAAUUAAGAUUAAUUUGAUGACUAGUUGUGAGAUAAAUCUUGUAAAUCUUGUUUGGCAAAGGAAACACCGUUAAGUCACAAUAGCCUGCUUCAUUGUAGCGAGGUAUGUCUACGCAGGUCUCAUUUUUCGCCACAUAAUCAGUCAGCUUUACUGUUGAGAGUUUUACCUCACUAAAUGUAUGAGCCAACUGUGUGAGGACACAGUUUGCAGCUAAGGCUAAUUAUCAUGGCUAAACAUGUUAGGGGAUACCUCUGGAGAAAGGGUUAUUGAUUUCAAAUGAUUUGCCAACAUUAAUAGACAUGUUUUACUGACAGAGAGCACAAAGUGUGAGAUUUUCUAUUCAGGAAAGCAUUUCCCAAAUCCAGUAAACUUUAUGCUCACAAAUAACAGCUGUGGUCACUGUGGCGGUUUCUCUGCUUACUCUGUUCUGUCAGGUUCCUUGAUGUUUACUUCCACUUAGCUUAUUCAUCGAUGCAUAGAUAAUCUUUGUAGAAUGCUCUUUUUUUUUUCUGUGUUGCCAAUAAAUGGUUGUUUAUCUAUUCCACAUAUUUCUUCUUGAAAGGUAUUUUUGUAUCAAGAAAUCACUCUGGUUUUUUUUACCCAACAGCAACCCUUCAUACAUGGUCAUCAUCCACGUGUGGCUCUUAAUUCCUGCUUAAAAGAAAGGCGAGACUACAGUUUUCAAAAAUGCUUUAAAAACAAUCUGCUUUGAAAAAACUUUUUUUUUUACUUUCAGUUUUUUUUUUAUUUUAUGACUCUUAAAUAUGAUAUUUGCCCUUUAACAUCUGAGACAACCUUUGUGAAUAUUAUGAAAGUGUAUCUAAUCUUUGCACUGUGCUCUUGUUAAUGUUGCUGUUAAAUUAAGAGAAGUGUGGGGCGAUUUCUAUGAGGCAAGUUUAAAAGGUGUACAAAUGCAGACGUACUGUGGGAGAGCACAAGAAACAGAAUGUGCGUAUCUGUAUAAAUGUAAAUGGUGGGCUUCAUUACUUUGCCAAAUGUGAUUCUGCACUUAAUUUUUUUUUUUUUUUUGUAUAAUUUUUCCUCCCUGGACACCAAGACCUCUGAUUUGAUUGAGAGCCGUCUGUGAUGGUGGAAAGACAAUAACUUAAUGACCUUAAGAAAUGUGAGCUGAGACUUGGAAAAUAGGGUGCACAAAACCCCAUGGUUGUUAAAGUUUUUGCUUUCAUUUGUUUUUCUUUAUUAUUUUUAUUUUAUUUUUUAUUUUUUUGCAAUUUUCUUCAAUCAAUUUCAAAACUUUUUUUUUUGUUUCUUAAAUUUUUUUUUAAAUGUUAUUUUACAGCUGGACUUUCAUACUUCUCGAAACAAUUUGCAAACCAAAAUGCAAUGUAUAGUAGAUAUGGAUUAUAUUUUAGACUUUCCACACUUCAGACUGUUUGUAAAUAUGAUUACAUAAAUAAAUGAAUGAAAGCUA